AUACAAAGAUGGCAGCAAUGACGACUGUGGUGAUGGCGGUGUUCAUUGUCACAGUGGCGCUCAUGUUGGUGGCCGCAGAAGCAAGAGUGUGCGAGCCCGAGUGUAACGAUGACGAGCGCUGUGUCAGUCUGGACGUGCGUCGUAGCCAUUCCAAUGACUAUGUCUGUGUGCCUGUCCGCUGCCUCACCCGCGGACGACGGGGUCGUUGUCGUCACUCGUCGCCUCACUUCCACUUCAACCGCGUGACGAUGAGCUGCGAGCCGCAGACUGCAGGCGCCUGCUACAGCUCCAGCAACAGCUUCGUGUCGCACGAGAACUGCGACCUCACGUGCUCGCCCUGGUACCGCCGAUGAACACAGACACUCCUCCCACCUCCUCUCCACAAGCCACUUUGCUUGACAUCCUGACACGUCACUGUCAUGUCACUGACAUGUGACCUCAUCCCAGGUACGAGGAAGACAGCAGCAACUGGCCGGAAGCGCGAAGCGCGCAUGCACGGAGGCAGCCGGCUGGUCGGGUGAGCAGACAAGGGGAGCCAACUGUGGUCUCUCGAGCAGAAAGUGGUUCAUCCUGUCCACUGUCCUCGCUUGGCUGCUGUUGGAGUUUUUCUCUCUGCUGACCCCGACAGGUGUGACGUGAGUGUCACAGGAGUCACACGCCUGCCUCCAGUAGCUCUAGUCUUCCUCACUCCCUCAGUGUGUGUGUGUGUACGUGCGUGCGCGCGUGCCUGUGUGUGUGUGUGUACGCGUGCCUGUGUGUGUGUGCGUGCGCGCGUGCCUGUGUGUGUGGUGCGCGUGCCUGUGUGUGUGUUUCUACGCGCACGUGCGUGACUGUGUUUACGAAUAGCAAACGAACUCAACAGUUGUUUUCUCACUUUGUAAGGGAGAUAACCGCUGAACUGUACUGAAAACAUUCCUUUCCAACAGUUAUCUCCCCAGUCGGGUUUUACUGCUGAACGCCAUGGUAACUAGCGGACAGGUCAAACAGUGGGUUGAAUGUACCCGGCUGUGAGUGGCUCACUGAGCUACAGACCUAGAUGUUGCACAGAACUGAGUUGUCGGCCGUGGGCCUGAUGACUGACUGAGUGAAGUGAACGUGUCGCACGUGCUGCCUUCUGCCUGUGUCGCCAUAGCUGAGUGUCUGCGUGCAUUGUGGGAACGUGAAGCUCUGUACAUAUCGCACUCCUAAUGUUGUUGGUAAAUACUGGAGGCCCAAUGUAUUAUUUAUUUCCGUUUGUUACGCUUGACCCCGGGUAACCCCAGCUGAAAGGGGAAUUUGCUGGAAACAGUUGUGGCCAGCCUCGCCUUGGUGCUCGCUACACCUGCUACAAGUUACUGUCCAGCGGAGGGAACGUCCUCACAGCACCUCGACCUGCUGAACUCUGUUCACUCUCCGACCGUCACCUGAGCUCACACCUGCCCGUGACGUCGACGUAGUCUUUUCUCAGAACAUGACGGUUGUCGUCGCCAUGGGAACCACUUUCAAGGCUUUGAACAAGAGAAAUUCAGGGCUAGCAGAAACAUAGAUACAACGAGCAGAAAAGUUGCUUUGUUGGCGAUGGCGAACCAUUGUGAAAUGAGGUCAUAACCUUUUAAUUAAAAUGUUUCCUGCUGACGUGUGCCUGGGGUGAAGAGCAUGUCACGAGGCAGCUCAAGAACUGGCCUCCUCCUCCUUAGCACAAGGGUUCGUUGUGAAUCACAUGCCAGCUAUUGUUGGGUAGAGCUCGGAGUCAUCAGGAGGAGGACUCGAUCUCAUGACGACCCUGGACUCGCGGAACGAUCUGUGCUUGCGAAUGAGUUGCGUCCCUUGUGAAGUUGUCUCCCUUGUCACUCUUCUUUCCCCUUAGAUGCACUGGGACGCUCGUCAACAACACUUUUGUUUACUAAGUUAUCUCAUGCUGAAACCUGUGUUUACAUCUGUUCACACAUGUGUGUACUCUGUUCAUAUCUGUGUUCUGAUGUCAGAUCGUCUGGUGUUCACAUAGCGUGGACUGGUGUUGCUUCACGCUUACUCUCAAUAAAGCAUGGAGAGAAAGAAAACAAA